AGCACAGUGCGUGGGCGUCGCCUAUGGGACAACAAGAAAGUCGAGUUGGAAAUUACGAUCUAGGAAGAAUCGUCUUAGAACAGUCAGAUACAUUUCCCUGGUCAAUUUGCCCGGGUAUCGACAAAGACGAGACCGAAGUGACCCUCUUCCUACACAAAACAAAGAGCAACACGUCAGCCAAUGAGGAUCAACUAUUUUGGCUCGAAAAUGGCGUGAAGCAUUUGAGGGCCAUUCGUCAUCCUCACGUCGUGAAGUUUCUUGAUUUCUAUGAUGAUGAUGAGUUGGAGGGGAGUGGUUUCAAUUUUUGUCUCAUCGCUUCGAUCGUCGCUCCUUUGGAGCAGGAAAUACAUUCCAUGACUGCUUUGGAGAUUAGUAAUGGAUUGGCUGGUAUUGCUAGGGCUCUGCAAUUCUUGCACGAGCAGUGUCAGCUUACUCAUAACAAUGUGUACAAUCAAGCCAUAUUUGUGUCUGAGGCUGGAUGCAAGUGGCAGCUCGGCUGUUUUGAGUUGGCCUGCUCGUUCUCUGAGGCAACCAAAGCGUAUAUGAAUCAGAUUGAGAUGUUUUGUCACAAGGAAGUCAUUCCACCAGAACAUAAGGAAGGCACUUCGUAUUCUGUUGACAAGUAUCCCCAUGCUCGAGAUGUUUAUGCAUUUGGUGUGUUAAUUGAAAGUCUUUUGGAACUGCUUACGUCACUGGGAAAUGUUGCUAGUGAAUUUGAAGUAAAAUUGACGAAGCAGUUGCUGAAUGAUGAUCCGAAAGAUCGGCCUACGGUUGCUCUACUUCUAACUGAUCCGUUCUUCAGUGGCGAAGUAACGCAGAUUAUCGAUUUUUUGUCAAAUAUAACCGUCAAAUCACAAUGUGAAAAAGAGAAGUUCUUUAGUUCUCUAGCAUCUAGACUUAGUGAAAUUUCGGAGGACGUUAUCAUUCGUCUCAUUCUUCCUCUUCUUAUCAAUCGAUUUGUUAUCAACGAACCAGUAGCAGCAGUCAACUUAAUGCCACAUCUGUUGGUACCGAAACGAGACACCGUGAGCGAUUCCAAUGGGUUGCUGCCUAUUCAACACUACAAGGACCACGUGUUGCCUCACAUCAUCAAUCUGUUCACCGUUCAUGAAGUGGCUAUUCGUCAGCUGCUGCUGCAGUAUUGGCCGCAUUACGUUCAUCUAAUGGAUCGAGAUAUCCUUCAUGAGGAGAUUAUCCCAGAGUUGCUGGUUGGACUGCAGGAUGACAAUGCGUCCAUCGUGUCGUCAACAUUUCGUGCAUUGGCAGAUCUCAUUCCUGUCAUAGGAAUCCAAGCAGUUACUGGUCAUGACCCAGACCAUAUCUUCACUGAGAAUAAACCAAAGUUUGCAGCGACAUCUCCUGUGGGUAAAGUGCAUGCACCUCUGAGUCCGCUCUUUCGUAUUAGUGAAAUUGCAGCGGCACACAGUCCGACUCGUUCGACUGUUGAUCAUGAUUUGGUAAGUAAUGCGAGUAGGGAACGUGAAGAGAUGAAGGAGAAAAGGGAGGAGAGAAGACGGCAACGAGAAGAAGCUCGUCGACAGAGAGAAUCACAGGGUGGUUCAACUGGCUAUCGGAGUCCAAUGAAAUUGGCACAGGCUGCUGUAAAGAUCAACAGCCACAGUCAUCUGAACGUUGAUCGUGACGAUGACAGUGAAGGCAACGAGUCUACACGAGAACUAGAAAGGAAAGACGAAGAACAAGAGAAAGAAGAACACAAAGAAACAGAGAAACGAAGACAAGAAAUGGAGCAACGUCAAAUGCUAGCCAAUGAACGAAUGAAAGGAUUGAGUGAGCAAGAGAUCGAGGCGUGGGACGAGUAUCUCAGUGCACAAGAUCGUCGCAGCUCAUCAGACGACGACUGGGAAACAUCAAUUACUGCACCCACUGACACACACAAAGACACAACAAAUUCAGAUCUAGGAAACAGACGAUACAGUCAGAAGGAAAGAACAGAGUCACUAAGCCGUGACAAGAAGAGUGGAGAAACACUGAAAAGUAUAGGCAACAGUCAACAAAGUAAAACAACUGUCAAGCAACAGAGCAAGCAAUCAAAACCAAAAUCAUCUGGAAGACAAUUUGUCGAUUUCUUUGAUGUUGAGAGAGAACGAGAGCAACUGGAAGCUCUUUCUCAACAGGAAGAAACCGAGCAAGACUUGUUUGCCGACAUGCAGCCAGUUAUAGCCAAGAAGAUGUCAUUGACAGGUCAGACUAGUGUAGAAGUGAGGACAAACUCGGGGUUGAGCUACAAUGUUAUGGAUCAUGCGGACGAUGACGCGACCUGGGGGGAUGGCGAUUGGGGAGAUGACAUGCAGUGAGUG